AUGGUAGCGAUCUUCGGAGUUGGUGGAAUUGGAAAGACAACUAUUACGAAAGCAGUAUAUAACAGGAUUUCUUCUGAAUUUGAAGGUAGUUGUUUCUUGAAAAACAUCAGAGAAACUUCAAAGAGCGAGUAUGGUCUGGUCCAACUGCAAGAGACUCUUCUUUCUGAUAUCCUAGGAGCAUCUUGGGUUUAUAAUAUUGGCCACAUUGACAGAGGAAUCAAUGUGAUAAAGAGAAUUCGUUCUAAAAGAGUUCUUCUAAUUCUUGAUGAUGUGGAUGAGUGGGGACAGUUGAAAGCUUUGGCCGGAAAUCGUGAUUGGUUUGGUUUAGGAAGUAGAAUCAUUAUAACAAGAAGGGAUCAAAAUUUACUGAGUAAUCAUGAAGUUGAUGCAACAUAUGAAUUGGAGGAAUUGAACAAUGAUGAAGCUCUAGAGCUAUUUAGUUUGUGUGCCUUCAAAAGAGAGAAACCGUUUGAUAAUUACUUGGAACUUUCCCAACGUAUAAUACGUUAUGCUGGGGGCCUUCCUCUUGCUUUGGAAGUGCUUGGUUUGGAUCUACAUGGUAGAAGUAGACAUGAAUGGGAAAGUGCUUUGAAAGAAUACAUGAUAAGAAUUCCUCACAAGAAGAUUCAAAAAAUACUUAGAAUGAGCUAUGAUGAUUUGCGUGAAAGUGAGAAGAAUAUUUUUCUUGACAUUGCAUGUUUCUUUAAGGGAGAGAACGUAGAUUAUGUUGUCAAAAUAUUGGAUAGUUGUGGUUUAAGUCCAAAUAUUGGAAUAAAAAAACUGAUGGAUAAGUGUCUCAUUACCAUUGAUGCUUGUAAUAAAUUUGAGAUGCAUGACUUGCUACAAGAUAUGGGUAGAGAAAUUACUCGAGAAGAAUCACCAGAAGAGCCCGGUGGACACAGUAGAUAG